CAGGUGGUCCAGGAGAUGGCGAUGUAAGCCCUGAAGCAGACAUGAGAGAGGUUGAACGGAUGAUUUAGUGGCUUUUCCUAACAGAAGCAGAGGUGACAACAUCUCCAACGUUUCCCCGCUGCUCCACAUCUCCACAGACACGCGCGCGCCGCCGACUCCCGUUCCUCCUCGCGAAUUGAAGGAUUCGGAGCUCAGUGGACGCGGAGAGAAGAUAAACGUGAACUUCUGGAAGGUCGAAUGAUGAGGAUGAUGAAGAUAUGAUCAUGCUUGAAUACUAACCACUGUCUCAUGGACGCAAAGUUGAGUCGCAGGCGGCGGAGAUGCCGAGCCGGUGCUCUUCUGUGAGAGGAGGGUUUAAUCAGGGUCAUUUUUCCGCCCCUUUAACGCAAGUGUCCAUGGAGGACGGGUCUUUCAGGAGGACAUUUCCAUCGGAAGUCCUUCACGGACACCUCGCAGUGGCUUCUGUAAAAAAUGCGCGGCGCUUGGGUCGCCAGUAACACGGUUAUUUACAAUGAUGGGACCGCGCAGUCAGUCUCAGGCAGAGCCAAGCAUGACUCCGCCACGACGCUCUUCCACUGCUGCUGACAGGUUGCCUACGGAGACCGUUCAGAGAAAUAACAGCAGUAAUACUGGGGUUAUUCUGGAUAUUUCCACGCUGAAAUUGGCAGAUGUGGACUCUGAGGUCCCUCCUCUACCUCCACGAUACCGCUUUCGAGAUCUGCUGCUUGGGGAUCAGUCAUUUCAGAACGAUGACAGGGUGCAGGUGGAGUUUUACGUAAACGAAAACACAUUCAAGGAGAGGUUGAAGCUCUUCUUCAUCAAAAACCAAAGGUCAAGUCUCAGAAUACGCCUCUUCAACCUCUCCUUAAAGUUGUUAACAUGCCUGCUCUACAUAAUCAGAGUCUCGCUAGAUGAUCCAACUAACCAGGUCACAUGUGCACGGAAACACUGCGCAAAUAUCACGGACGCUCUGUGCAGCAAAGCCUGUGCCAACUAUACAGCAAACCUGACCGCAGAUCCCACACAAAUAAACUGGGAGUUAAUAUUUUGGGUGAAUAGAAGAGUUCCUGUUUGGGCGAUACAGGUGACAGUGGCCUUAAUUAGCUUCUUGCAAGCGAUGCUCCUGGUGUAUCUCAGCUACAAGGGCAACAUUUGGGAACAGAUUUUCCAAAUCUCCUUCAUCAUUGAGAUGAUCAAUACAGUGCCAUUCAUAAUAACAAUCUUUUGGCCUCCGCUUAGAAACAUAUUUGUUCCUGUAUUUCUUAACUGUUGGCUUGCCAAAUCAGCGCUGGAGAAUAUGAUUAAUGAUCUCCAUCGUGCCAUUCAGCGCACACACUCUGCCAUGUUCAACCAGGUCCUCAUCCUGAUCUGUACACUGCUCUGUCUGGUCUUCACCGGAGCUUGUGGGAUUCAGCACCUGGAGAGAGCAGGGAAGAAUCUGACACUCUUCGACGCUUUAUAUUUCUGCAUUGUCACCUUCUCCACUGUUGGAUAUGGAGACGUGACGCCCAGAAUCUGGCCCUCUCAGCUGCUGGUGGUCAUCAUGAUCUGUGUGGCGCUGGUGGUGCUGCCAUUACAGUUUGAGGAGUUGGCGUAUCUGUGGAUGGAGAGGCAGAAAUCAGGUGGAAACUACAGCAGACACCGCGCUCAGACAGAGAAACAUGUGGUGCUCUGCGUCACCUCACUCAAAAUAGACCUGCUCAUGGAUUUCCUCAAUGAGUUCUAUGCCCACCCGAGACUACAGGAUUACUAUGUGGUGAUCCUCUGUCCCACGGAGAUGGACAUCCAGGUGCGGCGAAUACUGCAGAUCCCGCUGUGGUCUCAGCGAGUCAUCUACCUCCAAGGCUCUGCACUGAAGGACCAAGACCUCAUGAGGGCCAAGAUGGAUGAUGCGGAAGCCUGCUUCAUCCUCAGCAGCAGAAAUGAAGUGGACCGCACCGCUGCUGAUCAUCAGACCAUUCUGCGAGCCUGGGCUGUGAAGGAUUUUGCCCCAAACUGUCCUCUUUAUGUCCAGAUCCUCAAACCUGAGAACAAAUUUCAUGUCAAAUUUGCAGAUCACGUGGUGUGUGAAGAGGAGUUCAAGUAUGCCAUGCUGGCCCUGAACUGUGUGUGUCCCGCCACCUCUACACUGGUCACCCUGCUGGUGCACACGUCUCGAGGACAAGAAGGUCAGACGUCUCCAGAACAGUGGCAGAGGACGUACGGUCGCUGCUCAGGGAAUGAAGUUUAUCACAUCCGUUUGAUGGACAGCAAGUUUUUUGGAGAAUAUGAUGGGAAGAGUUUCACUUAUGCCUCCUUCCACGCACACAAGAAGUAUGGUGUGUGUCUAAUCGGCACAAAGAGAGAAGACAACAAGAGCAUUCUGCUGAACCCCGGCCCUCGCCACAUAAUGUCCGCCACAGACACCUGCUACUACAUCAACAUCACCAAAGAGGAGAACUCAGCCUUCAUCUUUAAGCAGGAGGAGAAGCACAGUAAAGGGUUAUCGGCCGCCGGCGUGUACGACGCUCCGUCUCGCCUCCCAGUGCAGAGCAUCAUCGCCAGCAUGGUUGAUCAGUCUACUUCAUAUGGAACUGUGGCCAUCGACCUGCAGAACCCGGAUCCACCGGCUGACAGCAAUAAACUGGCUCUGCCCACAGAGAACGGAGCGGGCAGCCGCAGACCCAGCAUUGCCCCUGUGCUGGAGAUCGCAGACUCCUCUGCCAUCCUGCCCUGUGAUCUCCUCAACGACCCCUCAGAAGACGAGACCAACCAAUCAGAUGAGGAUGGAGCGCCAGCCAUAGACUGUGUUAAAGGCUACCCUCCAAACUCCCCUUACAUUGGAAGCUCUCCAACACUUUGCCACCUUCUGCAACAGAAGGCACCGUUUUGCUGCCUGCGACUUGACAAGGGUUGUCGGCACAAUAGUUUUGAAGACGCCAAGGCCUAUGGUUUCAAGAACAAGUUGAUUAUCGUUUCUGCUGAGACAGCUGGAAAUGGCUUGUACAACUUCAUAGUGCCGUUACGUGCCUAUUACCGACCGCGGAAGGAGCUGAAUCCUAUUGUGCUGCUGCUGGAUAAUCCACCUGAUAAUCAUUUCCUCGAGGCCAUCUGCUGUUUCCCCAUGGUGUACUACAUGGCGGGAACCAUAGACAAUUUGGAUAACCUGCUGCAGUGUGGCAUCAUCUACGCUGAUAACCUGGUGGUGGUGGAUAAGGAGAGCACUAUGAGCGCAGAGGAAGACUACAUGGCGGACGCUAAAACCAUAGUCAAUGUGCAGACCAUGUUCAGGUUGUUUCCUAGUCUCAGCAUAAUCACUGAGCUAACUCAUCCGUCUAAUAUGAGGUUCAUGCAGUUUCGUGCCAAAGACUGCUACUCCCUGGCUCUCUCCAAACUCGAAAAGAUAGAGCGAGAUAAGGGCUCGAAUCUGGCGUUCAUGUUCCGCCUGCCUUUCGCUGCGGGCAGAGUCUUCAGUAUCAGCAUGCUGGAUACUCUGCUUUACCAGUCUUUUGUGAAGGACUAUAUGAUUCUCAUUGCGCGGCUCCUGCUGGGUUUAGACACCACUCCGGGCUCCGGAUACCUCUGUGCUAUGAAGGUAACAGAAGAGGACUUAUGGAUCCGGACGUACGGAAGACUCUUCCAGAAGCUGUGUUCCUCCAGCGCAGAGAUUCCCAUCGGGAUUUACCGCACCGAAUCCCACAUGUUCUCCUCUUCGGAGUUUAAGGAGAUUUGCAAACAGUCUCAGGUGUCUGUGGAGGACUGCGAGGACCAGCGAGACCACAGGGAAUCCUGGAAAGAGAAAACCGCCCACAGGAACUCCACAGGGAGCGACCAAUCAGAGCAUCCGCUCCUGCGCAAAAAAAGCAUGCAGUGGGCGAGACGCCUGAGCAGAAAAAACACCAAACCUCCCAGUCGAGCUGAACGCAUCAAUCAACAGCGCUUGAACCUGUACCGCCGCUCCGAGAGGCAGGAGCUUUCAGAGCUGGUGAAGAACCGCAUGAAGCACUUAGGCCUGCCCACUGUGGGAUACGAGGACGUAGCUAAUUUAACCGCAAGCGAUGUGAUGAACCGAGUAAAUCUUGGAUAUUUGCAAGAUGAAAUGAAUGACAAUCAGAACACGUUGUCAUAUGUGCUGAUAAACCCUCCGCCGGACACCAUUCUGGAGCUCAAUGACAUUGUCUACAUCAUCCGCUCUGAUCCACUGGCACAUGUCCCUGAAAAUCUCCCAGGGGCUCCAGCUGGAGCGAAGAUACGCCAAGACUAUCGACCUGAGACAAGGGAUGAGACGCAUCUGUAAGACCUGGAUGUUUUCAGUAGUCCUUCUUUCUCUGCAUAAAGAGAAUCAGGACACACAACUAACCAACCAACCCCACAGACACGAGCCAUGUGCCAACAACACAAUGCCAACUCCAGCUGCCCAACGGCCGAAAAUCCACCAUUUAAAACACUUCACAGAUUCCUCUUUUGUACGUCACAGAUAUGUAGAAUCUCAUGGCACAUUUCAGGUCUCUCUGAAUUUGGCCUGGUCAAUACAUUUUUGUAUUUAAGACUGCGAGGGUGGGGUGUUACGUUCAAUCACUUUGGACCAAACAUGAUGUCCAAGCACUUUGAAUUUAUAGGGCAGAAUAUAUAUCAGAAAUAUAAUGAAAAACAUUUUAUCAAGAGGGCAGCUCAAGACAGGAGAGAGCUGACCAGAGAGGACCAGAACACUGGAUAUCAACCUGAACACAAUUAGUUUACAUUAGUGCUAUAUUUUGUACACAUAUAGCACAAAUAUAUCUAUAUUUGUACAUAUGAGUUAGCCACAUAUUCUUUUACUUGCUCGGUGACCUCUCACAGUAUUUUGUUGCGAUUUCGUCCUCAAAGCACAAGGAGUUUUGCGUCACAUAUAAAUUGCUAAAGCUUUCAUCAUCACUGUCUGUUUUAAGUGUGCGCGUACACUAGUUUACAUGUGCUGAGAACAGAAGACCACUCAAGUUCACAUCUACUGCAAAAAAAUAAACCUUCAACCAAACAGAUGAUCUUUCAGAAGACUCAACUGCAGUCCACUGGACUUCAAGUGCAUUACAAGUAUUUCAUGGAUCUCGAUUGUGUGUUUUUGAAGAGAUGCCAAACAGUAUAAUAUACGAAUCAACUAUGAAACAGCGGGUUUAAACUCGUGAAUUAUUUUUGAGAUUCUCGAUAGAACAUAUUAUCAGAUGUCAUAUACUCUAUUGGAAGCCAUUGGUUUUUCUACUUCUAAGUUACUACUAUGUUUUUUCUGUUCUCUUACUCUCCACAACAGCACUUUUUAAAGAUAUUCCGUUACUUUAGUAUUAUUUAUGUUUGUGUGUCCAUAUUUAUGUUUUCGUGCAAACAUUAUUUAUGUUUUUGUCAUUGUUGAUGUUACUGAUACUUUAUGGAUUAC